AUGCCUGUUAUUUGUACUGUGGAUCCAGGAGGGGAUAUUUCAUUUAUAACAAAUGGGAUGGCUAAGAAAUUGGGUUUAAGUGGAAAGCAUAUAAAUUUAUCCAUGAUCAAAGUGGGCAAUGCGGUUGAAUAUCACACAAGCAACGAAUAUUGUGUACCACUAAUUGAUAAAUCUGGUAAGGUUUGGAAUGUGAAUGCUGUUGGUAUUAAUGAAAUAACAGCCAAAUCAAGAAGUAGACAAUUAUCCAGGGUAUCUGAACUUUUUGAGGGAAUAUCAAACUUAGAGCUGAAUCGCCCACAUGGGGAAAUUGAUAUGCUUAUUGGUGCUAAUUAUUGUGAAAUAUUGCCAAGGGUUGUUGAAACAAAUAAGGGUCUCCAGUUGCUAGAAAAUCAGUUUGGGCUCAGCAUACGUGGUAGACAUGAUGAAAUUACCAAUCAAGUUAAUACUAGUAAUCAUGUGUUUGUGAGAAUUCAUAAACUUUCAAGUUCAGUAAAUUUGAAUGAAAUCAAUAUUGAGCCAACAGAAAAUCUAAAGGAUCAGUUAGACAACAAUUUUUUUGCCAUAGAAGAAAUGGGAACAAGGUGUUGUCCUGGACCCAAUUAUGUAAGUUUGAAAGAAGAAAAGGAAAUGAAAUUGAUUGAGGAAGGAUUAACGUAUGACGAGAAACAGAAAUGCUGGUUUGUAAGGUAUCCUUGGAUAAGAGAUCCAAAUCAUAUGAAAAAUAACAUAAAGGUAGCAAAUGCCAGGUUAAGAACAACAGAGAAUAGAUUAAGGAAACUUGGGAAUGAGUAUGCAGUAAAAUAUCAGAAAGAGAUUGAAGAUAUGGUUAGAAGGGGAGUAGCUAGGAAAUUAACUAGUAAGGAGAUUCAAGAGUACAAUGGCCCAAUUCACUAUAUUCAUCAUCAUGAGGUGUUGAAGCCAGAAUCUAGUUCAACCCCAGUGCGCAUUGUCUUCAAUUCUUCAGCAUCUUAUAUGGGACAGAGGUUAAAUGAUUUUUGGGCUUAG